AUGUCGUCGGACAAAGAUGAGCCAUAUUUAAGUGAAUCGGGAUCUUCUUCUUCAGACAAUAAUGAUGAUAGUGACUACGAAGAUACAUCUAUUGGCUCCAAACGGACGCGUAGAAAUUCAUCAAGAGGAAUGAAUUCAAAAAAAAGCAGAGCGGAAGUGGAAGAACCGCCGAUACCAAUUGAGGAAAUGAGUAAUGCAUCUUUUGACAAACUGAUCGGUGAAAAUACUGAAGUCGAAUCUAUCGUUUCAGCUUGGAUUCAACUUUACAGAGAAAAUCAAAGUCAAGCACUGGUCGAAAUUGUUAACUUUCUCUUAAAAUGUUGUGGUUGUAAUAAACCAGUUAACGAUUUUGACGUUCAGGAUUCGGAAACGGCGUCUACGACGCUUUCCCAAAUCCAGGUUUCAGUUGAAAAGCAAAUUAGCGGGGAUUAUCCGCUAGUAUCGAAAUCUCUCAAAUAUAAAGCUUUCAAAAGCCGAUUAGUGGCACUCGUUAAGGAAUUUAUCAAUCAACUUUACCGGCAACAGUAUCUUUUUCUUUCCAAUAACAAGAAUUUAUUUUUGGAGAUCACGAGUUGGCUUGUCGCCAUGUCCUCUUCUACAUUAAGACCUAUCCGGCACACUGCUACCUUCUUUUGUAUGAAUAUAACUUCAAGGCUUUGUGAUCUGUGCGGCAGGAUGUUGAAAGAAAAGAAUACUCUGUCGAAACAAUUGGCUACCGAAGAAAACAGAUCCCGCAUCAAUUUCGAUAGGAUUGAUUCGAUUCGGGAUUCUAUUGAUGAACUCAGUUUACAUGAAACUACUAUUCAUGAGUAUUUGAAUGAUUAUUUCGACAGCGUUUUUGUUCACAGAUACCGUGAUGUAGAGCCCAGAAUUAGAUGCGAAUCCUUGCAUGAACUGGGUUAUUGGAUCACGACUCUGCCUAGCGUGUUUUUAGGUGGUGCUUAUUUACGAUACUUAGGUUGGAUGCUUUCAGACGCGAAUGCAAGCAUUCGGUUAACGGCCAUUCGUGCAUUGACAAAAGUCUACUCAGAUGAGUCAUUUUUAAGUGCGCUUCGUCACUUUUCAAUGAGAUUCAAGGAAAGAAUUGUGGACAUAUGUUGUUACGACGUUGAUCUAAAUGUUCGAAUUUCGGCAAUACGUUUGUGUAAUUCAAUACGGGCCUGUGGUUUCUUUGAGGAAGAAGACAUAGAUAAAAUCUUAGAUUUGCUGUUUGACUUUAACGUUAAGGUACAAAAGGAGAUUGCUUCAUUCCUCGUAUCAUACGUGGAUGAACUCUUUGCAGAGAAACUUGAAUUAUGGGGAGGAAGAACUGCUAUUUCUUUGGAGCUCCAAAAAAAUCUCAAUACUACUUUUAGCAUAACAUGGCUGAAGUAUUCUAUCUUAACGAAAUUGCUAUCAAAAAUCGUCAACUCAGUUACCCAGAAAUCACAAGAAAUAUCUGCUCUGUUACCGUACAAAAUGGAGGGUUGUGAUAAAGAAACGCCUUUAGAAUUGGCUAUUGCCCCUAUGCUCAAAAUAGACCAUGAUUAUGCAAGUUGGACUCUUUUAAUGGAUUACCUCUUGUAUGAUGAAGACUAUUCUUCACAAACUGGCAUUCUUCAUGAGAUUUUUGAAGAGUGUAAUCUGACGGAAGAGCUUAUCGUUACCGUGUUGCAGAUACUAUUUGCAUCCUUAAAAGCGGCUUUCGAUCCAGCAUUUUACUCACUUUCGCGCAAAGGUCAACAACCGAAGGAGAAGGAAAUUGCUAGCGCUAACGAACAUGUUGAUACUGAACAACUAAGUUAUGAAUGUCUUCCUCUUAUCAUUGGACUAUUAGAAAAGUUCUCGUCAUUAUCACAAUGCCUUCAGUUUUCAUUACGUUUGUUACUCAACUUACAACCGCAAGUUCUUUCAACGUCUCAGAUGCGACCAGUAUUAGAGGACUUACUAAAGGUACUCCAGAAGAUUUUUUCACAAACAAAUGACUACGAGGUAAUCCAUAGUUGUGCCUACGUUUUUGUGAGAUUGCAGGGCGUCAGUCUUAUCGAGAACUCAUUAUCAAUUUCAAUUUAUGAACUUGGUGAAAAGCUCUUAAUAGAAUUCAAUGCAUUCUUCUCCAAUCACGAUUUAACGACUGUUUAUGAAGACACCACCUACCGAACGGCUGAGAGUUUGCUGAAAAAGCUCGAAAGUAUUACAUCUUUGAAGAAUAUGAUAAGGGAUGAACGACUCAAGGUGACGUUGAAUAUACUUAAGGAUUUAAUUACGCUUCCAGAAAACAAAACAUUCUGUAACCCAAAUGUUUGCCUAUUACACAUCUUACAGAACCUUAUUUUCUGGUGCGUCAAUGAUAUCAGUGAAUCUGAGGACGACACGUCCAACCGAAGCAUCCUCACUGAAGCAUGGCAAUUGCUUACAGAUGUCUCACUUUCACUGAUACAGCAAGAAGAAUCGGGGGUGCUUCAAUUACAAGCAUCACAAACAUACCUUGAAACAGCCCUUAUUUAUGACAAUAUGUCCGGUGUUGCCAAUGAUGAAGCUGUGUUACCAAAAUUCAAUUUGCCAGAAGAAAUUGAGGAUGCCAUUCUUUGCUUGUUAGACAACUGGUUUUACACAUUCUCUCGUUCAUUCGGUACUCCUGCUGUGAAAAUAAUAAGUGGACGUCAUUCUCGGAGGAGAAUAAUAACGCUUAAAUCAACGCUGGCAAAAUCCUUAAUUGAGCAAAUAUGUUGUGAUUUGCUCGGAAAAGUAUUGAUGCUAGGCAACUACCAUUCCAGCAUUUAUGCUAAGCUGGAGACACUGCACAAGAUGAAAGGCUACUUUGGUCCAAAAAUAGGUGCCAUUUUUAACGAAAUGGUCCCAUCCACGACAAGUGAAUGAGGUGUCACCUGUAUAACUUUAGUUACAAACAGCCACUGUUCGUUGUUUGAGUUCGCAAACGCCUGCUAUGAUCGACGUGCCUGCAUCAUGGCACGAUAACGCUCAAUUAAAGCCUGACGUUCUUCACCUA